AAAUACAAAUCUCGCAUCCCGUUCCCUGUUCCGUUCCCUGUCUCCUUCGCCCCCACCCCAACCCCGUCCGAACUCGGAUCGAGUCUGAGAUUUCGCGUCAUCCUUCUUCUUCUUCUUCCCAUCCACCCCUUCGCUCGUCCGCUGAUCGACACCCCCGCCCGCCGCCGCCGGUCAAGAGCACCAGGGCGUGCGUGCCCGUUCUGCGGCUUUUCUGUGUGUGUGUGUGGCGACGGAUUCGCCCGGUGGAUUUCCAUUUCUGAUGCCUUCUCCCCGCCCGCACGUGGUCAUACUUGUGGCGCAAUAAUCUGUAAAAUUUGUGUCAUGAGUAAAAUGUGUCAUGCACGUGAAUCAGAAGAGGCUAGCAUUGAUGGGGUCUAUAACGUCCUUGCCUGUAGUGAUUCUUGCUGUGAGAAGUGUGGCCAUGGUAACAAAUCAUCAUUUAUUAAUGGUGAGAUGGAACGGCUGAGCAUGCAAACAAGCCCUUGUAGCACUCCUUAUGGCACUCCUCGUUUUAGCCGAGAAAGUUCUUUCUCCAGCUUUGCUAGUUGCCUUUCAAGAUUUACUGAUUCCCUUAUGGAUACUGACUCUGAAGAGGAAAUUGAGCUCCUAGAUACUAGCCAACUUCAUCCUGGUAUCUUCUUCGGUGAUGAAUAUUUGGAGGAAGGAAAAGGGAGUCUAGUAAAAGUGGAAGAAUGCCAACUCAGUCAUACUUCUGUAUUCGACGAUUCUGCUAAUUUGUCCAUUCCGGCAGACGAAGAUACUUUAUCUUGUCAGCCACAGUUGGAGACUGAUCAAGGUGCCACCAAGGAACGUUUUGAUGCCUCUAAUGUUAUGUUGGACACAAAUGUAUCUUCUGACCCUCAUCAAGAUACCCUAUCCAAUGACCAACCUACAGGAACACAGCAUGGUGUAUCAUUGGAAUACAACGACCAUAAACAAUCCGAUAUGGUAUUUGUCGAAGAGGUCACUAGCCUUCCCAUACCAGGAGGUGAAAUAGUUCCUUUGAACGAGCAAGUUAUGGAUCAACUUGAUAGUGCAAAGGAGAACACUAUAGUUUACAACAAUAUAUUGAAUACCGAGCCAGACAUGAAGUCAGAUGCUGACUUGCCGAGUGGAAUUGACUACCUCUAUCCACCAGUAUUGCCCAGUUUUGGUACAGAUCCUCUCAUUUGGUUACCACCUGAACCAGCAAAUAAAGAAGAUGAUAUUGAUAUUCUUUCUAAUCAUGACUAUGAUAGUGAUAGUAAUGAUACUAGAUGGGGUCGGUCAAGUUUCAAUCUUAGCUUUGAUGAGGAGAGAAGCGAGAAUAUCUGUGAAGACCAAUUGCAGAAAGCAAUGUCAGAAGUUAUGAAUGGGCAAUUCAAGAUCCUUGUAACUCGUUUUCUGUCUGCCGAAGGGUUCACAUUCUCAGAUGGAGGAACUGGUAAUAUCUGGCUUGAUAUUGUUGCUUUGUUAUCAUGGCGUGCUGCCUUACUCAUCAAGCCUAAGGCCAAUGAGGGAAAUGAAAUGGAUCCAGGAUUGUAUGUAAAGGUGAAAUGCAUAGCUUCAGGAUCUUGCCAGCAGAGUGAAGUGAUCAACGGUCUUGUAUUUAAGAAGAGUGCUGCACAUAAGCAGAUGCGUGCCAGCAUUAAGCAUCCUAAAAUAUUAAUUCUUCAGGGUGCCAUUGGUCAUUCUUCCACAGGGCUGUCGUCAAUGAAUUCAAUGAAACAGGAAAGCGAGCAGUUGGAGAAAACUCUUGGCGAUGUGAUAGGCAAGUGCCAGCCUGAUGUUAUAUUGGUGGAGAAAUCCGUUUCACGAAAUGUAAAUGAAUAUGUUCAGAAACAAGGAGUUACCUUGGUCAGUGACAUGAAUAUCCAUCGUCUGGAAAGAAUUGCUCGUUGCACUGGUUCUCCGAUUAUCACAUUGCAGGAUGCUCGUACGAAAACCAAUCUUAUUAAACAAUGUGAAUAUCUCCAUUUUGAAAAAGUUGUCGAGGAGCAUAAUCUAACUGGAGAGGAGGGAAGGAGGUCAAUCAAAACAUUUUUAUUUCUAGAAGGUUUCCCGGAACCUUUGGGAUGCACAAUAUUGCUAAAAGGAUCAACACGUGAAAAUUUGAAGAAGAUCAAGCGUGUCCUUCACUUCACUGUCUUUGCAGCUUACCAUUUGAUCCUUGAAACUUCGUUUUUUGCUGAUCAAAGGUUAUUUAUAAAAGAAAAAACUGCCACACAGAAAAAAGACUGUUUAAAAACCGAUUCUCAGCUUGUUCCUAGUAGCACUUCUGAUGAGCAGUAUGCUAAAGAGUUUGCUAGUACUGAAAAGUCUACAUCCCUGCAUCUUCAUGAUUCAAAAAUCAAGAAUUCCAUAGAUCCUGUCAGCCAAGGAAUUCAGUCCAAUUCAUCGUUGAGUGUUCCAGAUCCAUCGAGAAAUCUUACUGGGGACAUAUCAUAUUUCAACUCUUCUGAGUCAACUUCAUGCAAUGGGUCAACCUUUACUGCCACUUCAAAAGAAGUAAAUACACAGAAGAAAGAAACAUUUGAUGACGAAAUGUGCACAGAGACUAGGACUUCUAUAAACCCUCAGACUAUAUUAAUUUCGAUGUCCAGCCAGCAUAUCAGGAAUAAAGCAGUUUGCGAGCAAAGCCAUCUUUCCAGGAUAACUUAUUAUGGGUACUUUGACACAUCUCUCGGGAGAUAUUUGAAAGAUGUUUUACUUAGUGAGAAACACAAUUGCCUAUCAUGUGGUGAGCCUCCAGAAGCUCACAUGUACUCUCACACCCACCAUGAUGGUACCCUUACUGUUUUUGUGAAAAGCCUUCCAUCAGAGGCAACACUCUCUGGUGAGGGUCAAGGAAGAAUUUGGAUGUGGACCAGGUGCUUGAGAUGCGGCGGUAAGCCCACACAGAGGGUUAUAAUCUCUUCCUCUGCACGCAAUCUCUCAUUUGGGAAGUUCUUGGAACUCAGUUUCUCGACCCAUUCUUCUGCUAAGAAGCUGUCGACAUGUGGGCAUUUGCUGCAUAGGGACUGCCUACGUUUCUUUGGAUUGGGAUCCAAAGUUGCUAUGUUCAGAUACUCAUCUGUUGAAAUAUAUUCUGCUUUGAAGCCACCAAUGACUUUGGAGUUUCAUAACCCAAACGGAAAAGAAUGGCUUGAUGUUGAAGUUAAUAAUGUCCUUCUUAAAUGGAAGCUACUCUUCUCUGAAAUUGAAAACAUAAUGCAAGGCUUGAAAUCAAGUUACUCUCGUCCAUCCAUGGGGGAAAACUCAAACAUUUCGGCAUACGAGGGAUUAUUUUAUGAAGUCAGUAGUAUGCUUACGCAAGAAAAGAACGAAAUUGAGGUUUCUGCAAAGGCAUUUGACCACAUUGCAAACCCUGAGGCAUGUGCUCACGAGAUUCUUAGCUUGAACUGGCUGUAUCAGCAACUUCUUCUUGGAUUCUACAUUUGGGAUGUCCGUUUGCAUCAUCUUCUCCAGUACAGUAAAAUUAGUGCCACGCCUUCAGACAAUUCUAUCCACAAAAGCCUACCAGAGAAUGAGCAGAGGAAUUCAAAAAAUAUUGCUGUCCAUGGGGACACGCCUUCUGUCCCAAAUUUUGGCAUAGAAAUUGCUGACAAUGGCGACACAUUAUCUGUCCCAAAUUUUAGAAUGGAAAGACAAGAAGCAACUAUAAAUUCUUCCUGUGGUGGUAUAAUUUCAGAGAAGGGACAGCUAACUGAGAAAUCAAAUGCUCGGCUACAUCUGUCUUCUCCAGAUGACGCUAAUGAAAAUGGGUCCCAUCAAAUCGACUCCUCUUUUCAGGAUGCUAACCAUAUUUAUUCAGAGAAACCAAAUGCUGUACCAGCUACAAAUGAUGCAGACCCUGCACCAGCCAGAGGCGAUGAAAUGUACUGUGUUGCGUCAAGUAAAUGUUUGCCUGCGAUGCGAAACUUGUUGGAAUUCGCGAGUGAUGCAGGAGAAUGGGUCUGGAAUAAGUUCAGUCACUUGGAAAUGAGAUACAAGAAAGAAAUUCAAGAAGGCUCUUUGGAUAAAUUUCGUCUGAUCAACAAAUACAGCCCGUCUUCCUCAUCACUGAAACAGCUCAAACGUCAAAUCGACCUGAUGCAUUUUACUGUUGGUCCCUGUGGUAAUAUCUUGUCAGUUGUUGAGGAAGAGAUAUCUAGCAUUAUUGCUUAUGCACUAGCUAUAUCUGAACAACAAGGAAUUUAUUCUGAAUCUGCGUUUGUAAAGGAUGAAGUUUUAGCUACAAGAAAGCUUGAUAAAGUAGCACCUAGCAACUUGGUCAGAGGUACCUCUAUGCCGUCAUCAGUUAUAUCUUCAAAUCAAUCUUUAGGAAAGGAUCAUGACCUAAGCAACGCAUCAUUAUUAUCAUAUGAGGAAUCAACAUCUGGAUUUUAUGAUUCAUUUCUGACAGCCAUAAAAGACAUGCAUCCUGAAAUUUGUCUGAACAGUGAGAAGCUAGCUUUGAAGAGCAAAUAUACUGUUGUUUGUAUAUAUGCAAAGCAAUUCUAUGAGCUUCGGAAGAUAUGUUGCCCAUCCGAACUUGUGUAUAUUUCAUCCAUAAGCCGCUGUAAAUUAUGGAAUGCACAAGGUGGAAAGAGCAAGGCUUUUUUUGCGAAGUCAAUGGAUGACAGAUUUAUCAUAAAAGAAAUCAAGAAGACAGAGUUUGACUCAUUCUUAAAGUUCGGUAUCGAAUACUUCAAGCAUUUUGGUGUAUCACAGGUUUCAGGCAACCCUACUUCUACCUGCCUUGCAAAAAUUCUGGGAAUAUAUCAGGUCAAGGAAAUUAGGAACGGUAAGGAGACAAGGACUAAUUACAUGGUUAUGGAAAAUCUUUUAUUUGGUCAUAACAUACUGCGUAGAUAUGAUCUGAAGGGUGCUCUUUUCUCACGAUAUGUUGCUGAUUUACAAAAUCCUGAAAGUGUACUGUUGGAUCAAAAUUUUAUUGAAGACAUGCGGACCAUGCCUAUCUACAUUGAAGGAAAAGCCAAAAACUUCUUGGAACGAGCUAUUUGGAACGAUACAUCUUUUCUGUGUCGCAUGAAUGUCAUGGAUUACUCCUUGUUUGUUGGAGUGGACAAACAGAAUAAGGAACUUGUUUUCGGAAUUAUUGAUUAUUUGAGGGAAUAUACCUGGGACAAACAACUGGAGUCUUGGGUGAAGACAUCACUUGUUGUUCCCAAGAAUUUAUCUCCAACUGUAAUCUCACCAAAGGAGUACAAGAUAAGAUUUAGGGCAUUUAUGUCUCAGUACUUCCUAUCAGUUCCAGAUGCUUGAGUCUUGAGGCAUGAGCAUUUGUGAUGUUGGUGGCUGAACUUAUGUUGAGUAUGAUUCAUGCUGCAAUCGUCCUUGUCUUCCUGGAAAAUAUGGCUGAAUCCUUGUGUAACAUGCCACACAAAUCUUAUACAGUGUUAGGUUUUCUUUUGUUCAUUCCCGUGAAGUGUGUGUCUAUCAUUUGUCCAUAUUGCUUGUCAGCUGUUGUACAUAGCAUUAGGAUAUCAGGUUCCCCAGGGAAUUGCGUAAGGCAAAUUAAUGGUGAUUGAAGAAAUGUUCUUUAUUGAUGUUAGUUAGUGUGGAGAUGAAAUGCUAUAGGUAAAGAUGAGCAUUUAAUGUUAUCUUAUUUCUGCAAUUUGGAGAAGAUUGCUGGAGAUAAAAACCAUAUUGCAAAAAAGAAAGAGAGUGUGCACUAGAAGUGGAGAACUGUGCAUCUUUCAUACUGUUAAAUUUUGAGGCUUACAUGUUUUAUAUAGUUAACACAUCGAAUGGUUAAACAUGUCCAAAUAAUUAUCAUUUUUUGUUGAGUA